AUGCAGAUACAGAUGAUCAGCAAAGAAUUGAUAGUAGCAGGAUUCACUAUGGAGGAGUCUACUCAAGCAUUAAUUCUGAAGGAUAUUUCUGAUGAGGAGGUACAUAGCUCUAACUGUAACUUGCAGUUGGUUGGCUAUUAUCCUCAGAGAGUUGCUGAUGCUGAACAAAGGAAUUUAGCCUUGGCCAUUAUUCAUGAUAUUAGAGAUAUGCAGCCUCUGAAUGUUGCUGUAAGGGUAUCACCUAACAAAGCUUUACAUGAUGUAAUCUCUCACAAGUUACAGGAGGAACAUGAUGCUGAGGGUGAUGCUAUUGAUAUGAAACUACAGCAGGUGUGUGUAGAGGCAGGAUUAUCUCCAAAAUCACAAAGCAAAGGUCCAAAGAAAGGAAGAAAGCAAAAUUCAGAGGUUCCUCAAACUAGGCAAAUUCAGAAUUAUAGAAGGAAACUUCGAAUGCCUUAUGCUAAUUCCAACUGUAAUGGAAAAAUCUGGUUCUUUGUGCAAGACAAUGUUGAUGUUGAGGUUCUAUUGGAUACUGAGCAGUAUAUUACUGUAAAGCUGCAGUUUCAAGACUUCAAUAAAGAAAUGGUGGUUACAAUAGUGUAUGCUAAAUGUUCAGAAGUGGAGAGAAUGCAGUUGUGGGACAUUUUAUACCUCUUGGCUAGUAAUAUGACAGCUCCUUGGCUGGUUGGUGGAGAUUUCAAUGUUAUAUUGAAUGAAGAAGAGAAAAUAGGAGGUCUACCAGUUUUGCCACAAGAAUAUGAAGACUUUGCCUUUUGUCUGAAUUCCUGUGAGUUGCAUGAGAUGCCUUUCAAAGGGAUUCCUUUCACCUGGUGGAAUGGUAGGGUUGCUAAUGACUGCAUCUUUAAGAGAUUGGACAGGAUUGUACAUAAUGAUACAUUUCAGAAUUGGUUUGGACACUUAGAAGUGGAACAUUUGUCAAGGACUGGUUCUGAUCAUGCACCAUUACUUGUAUCAUGUGGAGAUCAAGUGGAACAGGAUACUUUUCUUGAUUUUGUUAAGCAGCAAUGGGAAACAGCCUUAACUGAUGAUGUAUUUCUGUCAUUUAAGCUCAAAAUGAAGAAACUGAAAACUGCUUUAAGUAUAUGGAGUAAGAAUACUUUUGGGGACAUUUUUAAACAACUUGUUAUCAGAGAGGAAAUAGUUAAGAUUAAAGAGCAGUUGUUUGAGGAAAAUCCAUCAGAAGAAAAUAGAAUGGUCAUGCAAAGGGCACAAGCAGAACUUAAGCUGUAUCUUCACUAUGAGGAGGAAUUCUGGAGGCAAAAAGCCAGGAUGUAUUGUUUUUCUGAAGGUGAUAAGAAUACAAGAUACUUACAUAGUCUGGUAAAAGGAAGAAUAAAAAGAAUCCAGAUUAAGAGGAUUAAAGAUGAUGCUGGUAAUUGGAUUGAGGAUGUUCAGAGUGUUGCUGCUCAAGCUGUCAACUUCUUCCAUAAGCAAUUUACUUAUGAAGGGGUUAGUGAAGAUUCUACAAUUUUUAAUCAUAUUCAAGAGCUGAUCAGUGGGGAGGAUAAUAAACUACUUGCUGAACAACCUACUAUGGAGGAAGUAAAGAAGGCUGUAUUUGAAUUAAAUGGGGACAGUGCCUGUGGCCCUGAUGGAUUUUCUGGUAUAUAUUAUCAGAAGUGUUGGGAGGUGGUAAAGGAUGAUGUAUAUUGUGUUGUUAAAGCUUUCUUUGAAGGACAGACUCUUCCCAAGUCCAUCACUCACACUAAUCUGGUUUUGCUACCAAAGAAGAAUGUUGUUGAGGCAUUUUCUGAUAUGAGACCUAUAAGUCUUAGCAACUUUAUCAAUAAGGUCAUAUCAAGAGUAGUUCAUGACAGACUAGACAAACUACUUACAAAGGUGAUCUCUCCAAAUCAAUCUGGUUUUGUUAAGGGCAGGAAUAUAAUGGAGAAUGUGUUGUUGACACAAGAAAUUGUAACUGAUAUAAGGAAGAGAGGAAAAACAGCAAAUGUUGUGAUCAAGUUAGAUAUGGCAAAAGCAUAUGAUAGGGUCUCAUGGUUGUACCUAUGUAAAGUGAUGGGAAAGAUGGGAUUUUCUUCAUUUUUCAUUGACCUUAUAUGGAGGUUGUUGGCAAAUAAUUGGUAUUCUGUUCUCCUAAAUGGCCAGGCACAUGGUUUCUUCCAUUCUACAAGGGGUGUCAAGCAAAGGGAUCCACUGUCUCCUGCUCUUUUCAUUAUUGCUGCAGAAGAUGAUACAAUCAUUUUUUCUUCAGUAGAUAACCAAUCUUUACAGAUGAUCAUGAAUACUCUACAGGAAUAUGAGAAAGUAUCUGGACAGCUGAUAAACAAGAGCAAAAGUUCAUUUUAUAUGUUCAGCAAAGUAUCACAUGAGUUAAGUCAGCAGGUUGCAACAGUUAUAGGAUUUGUGAGAGGACAAUUUCCUUUUACAUAUCUUGGAGUACCAAUCACUCAUGCCAGAAAAAGAAAAGUGGAUUAUACUGAAUUAUUGAAGAAAGUCAAAGACAGUUUACAAACUUGGAAAGGCAAGUUAUUAUCUUAUAGAGGAAAAGCAGUGUUGAUUACAAGUGUCCUUCAAAGUAUUCCAAUUCAUGUUUUAUCUGCUAUAAGGCCUCCUAAAUGUGUUACAAAGGAGUUACACAGGAUCUUUGCCAGGUUCUUUUGGAAUACUAAGGAGGAAGGUAGAUGCAGACAUUGGGCAGCUUGGCUUAACAUGUGUAUUCCCAAACAUGAAAGAGGUUUGGGUUUCAGGUCUAUCCAUGACAUAUCCAAAGCUUUAUGUGCUAAACUAUGGUGGAAGUUUAGAACCACUAGUUCUCUCUGGGCUAAUUUCGUGUGGAAUAAAUACUGCAAAAAACAAAUUCCUCAGGUGGUUCAAUGGAAGGGAGGGUCACAAGUCUGGAAGAUUAUGUUGGAAGCAAGGGAAAGUAUAGAACAGGAAAUAUGGUGGGAGCCAAAUAUUGGAAGUUCAAACAUUUGGUUUGACAAUUGGACUAAGCUAGGUGCUCUUAGUUAUGUGGUUCCCCAGUCCUGGCAAAUCAAUGAGCAUGCAGAAGAUGUUUCUGAACUUAUGACAGAUGGAGGAUGGAAUGUCAACAAACUCAUGCAGUUGUUUCCUGAAGAUAUUGUGCAACAUAUAUUACAGGAAAUUGACAUUAAACAUGCAUCAAAUGAAUAG